AUGCCGCCAGAUUGGAAAUCGUAAGUUUUUAGGUUGUGAAAUGACGUGGCAAUUUGAAUUUUCAAUAGGUCAGAAUUCAAAAAUCGAUAUUUUCACCCUAGAGGAACCAUUUUUAGACUGAAAAUAUCGAUUUUUCCCAUGAAAGUGAUAGAAUUUCCCAUUGGAUUUUUCACCAGAAAUCACUUAAAAACCCGCCGAAUCUGAAAUUUUCCCUAAAAAUUGGUUUUUCUAUGAAAAAUCGAGGUUUUAUGAAAAAUUUCAAGAUUCCGCACAGGGUAACCUAUCGCUAAUUUUUAUCGAGCGGAGCGAGUGUAGACCCGCAAGCUUCCGCGUAGGCGGUACUAUCUUCCGCGCAGCGGACACGUGGAUUACUAUGAUAUGGCAAACGUCAUAAUAAACCGCGUGGCCACUUCACGUGAGCUUGUGGAUUACACUCGCUUCCCUCGAAUUGUCACCUGAAAAUGCUUAAAAACCCGCCGAAUCUGCAAAUUUUCUCUAAAAAUUGGUUUUCCAGGGGGUGCCGUUUGGGCACCCACAGGGCACCCUAAUACCCACAGUUCGGCGGGUACACCCGGGUGGGUAUUUUCAUUGAAAAAUGACAGAACGGGUGGGUAUACCCGGGCACACCCAGAUACCCAAAAUGGGCCUUCGUAUUUGAUUUUUCGUACUAAUUUAUUUUCGAAUUUUUUUUGGAAAUUGUGUUUUUUUCAUGAAAAGUGGUCAGUAACAUGAAAAAUUGGUCUAAUCUGUAGAAAACUUUCAAAAAAUCAGCUUUUUUCUCGAAAUUUUACUAUUUUUCGUGUUGUAAACACACAAAAGACUUUCUAUAAGUUGAGUAUGAGCACAUAUUCUCUCAAAGGUUGAUUUUAUCACGAACUCUUUCAUUUUUAUGUAAUUUGGUGUCGAAGAAAAACAUAUUCUUUCUUUUUUCUAAAAUAUAAUGCAUUUUAAGUUAUUUUAGAAGUCAACCAAAUCGAUAAAAUAGAACUUUAUCGAUCGUUUUUGUUGCAUAUUAGUUUUUCAAUCAAAAAUCACUCAUGUUUUAGCUAAAUUCGUCCAAUAACAUGGAUAAUAGCUAAACAGAACAAAAAAAUCAAAAAUUUGCAUCAUACCCAAGGGUGCCCUAAGGGUGCCCACACCCAACCCGGGUAUUUGACACUCAGGUCGAUGGGCCUCAAUACCCGGGUAUUUUUCGGAUUUACAGGUGGUGCCCGGGUAUACCCAGAUAUCAACGGCAGCCCUGGGUUUUCUAUCGGAAAAUCGAGGUUUUAUGGAAAAUUUCAAGAUUCCGCACAGGGAAACCUAUCGUCAAUUUUUUUCCAGAAAAACUGCCAAAAUCCUAGCAGCCAAAGCAACUUUAGCUGCUCGAAUCGAUGCUCAACACGAAUCACCAACUGGAGAUUUGGGAAAAGAUUUAUUGGAGGAUGUGAGACGGAAAAUGGAGAAAAUGUUGGAACCGCCACCGGUUAAAGCGAAUAAAGCAUUGCCAAAACCAUUGGAUAAGGUAGGCGGGAGGUUUUUUGGCUGAAAAUUCACUUUUUUUCUCAAUUUCAGGCAAGCAAAAAACGAGGAGGUCGAAGAAUGCGAAAAAUGAAAGAAAGACUUGGAAUGACGGAUUUGAGAAAAGCACAAAAUCGUAUGAAUUUUGGAGAAUUACAAGAAGAUGUUAUGCAAGAACAUAUGGGAAUGGAUGUUGGACAGGUUGGGUUUUUGAUGUAAAAUUCAUCGAAAAUGGUCCAGAAAUCGUGAAAAUUCGAAUUUUUGGACCCAAAAAUAGCCUUCCCCACUAUUUUUCCCAUUUUUUUUCAGAACAAGAGUGGAAAUGUGUCAGGUGGUCGAAUUCGUCAAGCAGUAAUUGAUCAAAAAACGCGAGCCCGAAUGUCGCAAAAAAUGCAGAGACAAUUGGAAAAACAAAAAGCGGCUGGUGGAAUGACUAGUUUGAGAACUAAGGUAGGCUUAGGCUGGAAAAAUCUGGAAUUUUUUGGCUGAAAAUCUAGAAUUUUUCAUGAAAACAUGAGCUUUUCCUUGAGUGUAGACCGCAAGCUUCCGCGUUAGCAACCACGUGGAUUACUAUGAUAUGGCAAACGUCAUAAUAAACCGCGUGGGCCGCUGCGCGGAAGCUUGCGGAUUCACCAGAAAUCACUUCAAAACCCGCCGGAUCUGAAAUUUUCCAUAAAAAUUGAUUGAAAAAUCGAGGUUUUAUGGAAAAUUUCAAGAUUCCGCACAGGAAAAUCUAUCGUCAAUUUUUUUUUUUCGAGCGGAGCGAGUGUAGACCGCAAGCUUCCGCAUAAGCGGUACUAUCUUCCGCGCAGAGACCACGUGGAUUACUAUGAUAUGGUUAACGUCAUAGCAAUCCGCGUGGGUGCUAACGCGGAAGCUUGCAGUCUACACUCGCUCUGCUCGAAGUUUCACCUGAAAAUGCUUUGGAACCCGCCGGAUCUGAAAUUUUCCCUAAAAUUUGGUUUUUCUAUGAAAAAUCGAGGUUUUAUGGAAAAUUUCAAGAUUCCGCACAGGGAAAUCUAUCGUCAAUUUUUUUUUCGAGCGGAGCGAGUGUAGACCGCAAGCUUCCGCGUAAGCGGCCACGUGGAUUACUAUGAUAUGGCAAACGUCAUAAUAAACCGCGUGGCCGCUGCGCGGAAGCUUGCGGAUUCACCAGAAAUCGCUUGAAAACCCGCCGAAUCUGCAAAUUUUCCCUAAAAAUUGAUUGAAAAAUCGAGGUUUUAUGGAAAAUUUCAAGAUUCCGCACAGGGGAGCCUAUCUCCAAUUUUUUUCGAGAGGAGCGAGUGUAGACCGCAAGCUUCCGCGUAAGCGGUACUAUCUUCCGCGCAGCGACCACGUGGAUUACUAUGAUAUGGUUAACGUCAUAGCAAUCCGCGUGGGUGCUAACGCGGAAGCUUGCGGUCUACACUCUCUCCGCUCGAAUUUUCACCUGAAAAUGCUUUGGAAUUCGCCGAAUCUGAAAUUUUCCAUAAAAAUUGAUUAAAAAAUCGAGGUUUUAUGGAAAAUUUCAAGAUUCCGCACAGGGGAACCUAUCGUCAAUUUUUUAUUCCAAUUUUUCAGAUUGCUGGAACAGCUUCCUCAGUCAAUUUCACCCCAAUUCAAGGUCUAGAAAUUGUCAACCCAUCAGCAAGAGAAUCAAAAGAUCAACCAGGAACAUCUUCGAAUUAUUUCUCAUCUUCUGGAAGUUUUGUCAAUAUUGAUCGAAUGACCCUUUGA